GGAUGCCAAGCGAGCAGCUUGAUAACGUGCGUCGUCCCGUCGACAUUUUUGUGGUGUUACUAUUAUUCUAUACCCAACAAUAAUACCCGUCUGGUCGGAAGCGUUCAUCAUCUACUUCGCCCUUCAAUCCUAAGCUUGUUCUCGCCUUCCGCGUUCUCACUGCGCCGUUCCAAAGGCCGCCGGGCGGUGGUGCGUUAUGUCUUCGUCGUCCUCCACAUCUUCCUCGUACGUGGUCGUUAAACAGGAGAACGAAUCCGCCAGUCAAGCAGUUCCAGUCGUCAACAUGGCCCCCAUACCGGCCUAUAAACGUAGACGAAAUGAAAAGCCUGGAAAAGGUCUCCGUCAUUUUGCCAUGCGUGUUUGUGAAAAAGUUCGUAGUAAAAUGUUAACUACUUAUAAUGAAGUAGCAGAUGAACUUGUUGCUGAGUAUCCAGAGGGUAGUAAUGCUGAACAAUAUGACCAAAAAAAUGUGAGAAGACGAGUAUAUGAUGCUUUAAACGUUUUAAUGGCCAUGAAUAUUAUAUCAAAAGAAAAGAAAGAAAUCAAAUGGAUAGGAUUACCAGUGACUUCAUAUCAGGAGUCAACAACAUUAACUCGAGAACGAGAAGAUUUAAUGGCAAGGCUCAAUGAAAAACAAGCAUUUUUGCAUGAAUUAAUUGUUCAACAAGUAACAUUUAAACAACUUGUUGAAAAAAAUAAAAAGUAUGAACAGAUACAUGGUCGACCGUCUUCUGCGUCAGUUCUUAGUUUGCCAUUCAUUGCCAUUAAAGCUGAUCCUGGAACUGUGAUUGAUUGCAGUAUUUCUCAAGACAAGAAAGAAUAUUUAUUUGGAUUUAGUAACAGUUAUGAAAUUGUAGAAGAUAUGGAUUUAUUAAAAAGCAUGAACCUUUCAUUAGGUCUCAAUACAGGUACAAGUACUGCAGAGCAAUUAGAACAAGCCAAAGCAUGUGUACCUAAGAAAUUACAUGAAUUUUUAUCACGAAUAGCUGUUGAAACUUCAGCUUUAGAUGUAGUUGAAGAACAGCCAAAAAAAAAAUUCAAGUCUAGCUAAAGUGAUAUGACUUAAGCAUUGAUAAAUGCCUUAUAAUUAUCAGAAAUUUAAUUAAAAAUUACUCUAUUUUUACAAAAAAUUAUCUUAAGUUAUGAUUAAAGUAAGUUAGGUCACAUUGCUUGUUGAUGCAUGAACAAUUUCAGUGUUAUUGGUACAGUCUAUAUAUAUAUUUUUUUUUUUACGAAUGAUGAUAUUAUAUAGUAUGACGGGUAAUUUUCUCUCUGUACAAUUCUUGUAAUUAUUUGUCUAUUUAUGUUUUUACUCUUAGGGUUAAUGAAAUUAAAAAUAUUGUUAUACGGUUAGUAUUUGUUGUCAAAUGAUAUCAAAUAAUGACAUGAUAUAAAACACUUACAUCUCCAUUAAUGUAGAUGAAAGAAAUAUGUAUAUUUAGAAUAUUUAAUUUUAAUAAUUAAAACACUUACAUCUCCAUUAAUGUAGAUGAAAGAAAUUUAUAUAUUUAGAAUAUUUAAUUAUAAUUUAUAGUACUUAAAUGUACGAGUCUUUAAGUAUGAAAAUAAAAUAUUGUAUUAUACAUUGUGUGAGAGAGAAAGAAUGAGAGAUAGAGUAUUUGUGCCAUAACAAGGACUGUAUAAUGUUAUGGUAUACAAGUACUUUUGUUGCUUAUUUUGAGGUACUCAUUUAUUACGCCUGAAUUUACCAUACAUUGUAUCGAUAAUACCACUGUGUCUUUAAAGAAAGUAUUAAGUUAACAUAUAACAUGUAUCAUGUAUGUUCAUUAAAACACUGAAAUAUAUUAUGUAAUACAUUUAA